AUAAUCUAAAAGAAAAUUAUAAUACUUAUCAUAAUCAUUUCUUGUCAAAAUUUCCUGAAAGAUUUUCUGAAACAAUUGAACAAAAUAGAAGAAACCAUUAUCUGCAAACAAUUACCAUGAUUGAACAAUUUAAUACAUUAAUUGAAGAACUAUUUUCAUCAAUGCAACAAACUUUAUCCAAUGAUAUUCAAAGGAUAAUAAAAAUACAAAUUGAUUCAAUAAAAUCCUUUCCUCCAAUACUUCCAACUAAUCCCAUAAUUGAACUUCCUACUUCACAAUAUUAUUGCAUGCAAACUAUAAAAAAUUACAUUGGUCCCAGAGAUG